CGUAUAGAUAGGCCAAAUAGAUUCAAAGGUCGGACAGAUAGCUGGGUUGUCUCCUUCGCUAGACACGAAAAUGAGAUAGAACUGCGAUUCGUCCGAUGAUCGCUUCUAUUCCAUGGAUCAACCUCGCAAGCAUCAGGUAUCCUUGAGGGGAGCAAGCGCUAAGGAGAUUUCGAGGGAUGCCCUACUUGAGAAGGUUUCCCAUGAAAGAGAGCUGCGCAGUUAUGCGAGACGAGCUAAUGCAGCCGUACUGUUUAUUCAAAGAGUCUGGAGACGCCACAGUAUGACAAAGAAGACGGCUCUGCAGCUUAAGGAAGUGUGGGAAAACUCAUUGAGUAAUCAUGCAGAUUUAAUGACUAGAGAUUGGGUUUCAAGCCGCCUUUUGAGGCCAUUUCUCUUCUUUAUCAGUUGCUUAUCUGUUCGGAAUCGUAAUAUUCAAAAUGGAGAUGUCAAAUGUAUGCAGGAUUGCUUCAAGAUUCUGUUGGAAAGCAUGAAUUCUACUGAUUCAAGGAGGAACUUCUGCUCAUUGGCAGUUGGUACACUUGAAGAGAGAAGAACAUGGACUUAUCAAGCACAGAAACUGAUUUCUCUCUGUUUCUUUAUCCUUGCGGAGUGUGCUGCAUCACAUGGAAGGAGUCAAGAUUUCUUUGUACUCACCUCUCUCGCAUUGCGUCUUGUUGUCAUCUUAACUGAUCUGAAAGGCUGGAGAAGUAUUACUGAGAACAAUUUUCAGGAUGCAGAUGUUGCAGUAAAGAAUUUAGUUCAGUUUCUGGGGACUCGCAGAAGUGGUCUUUUCGUAGCUACUAGAAAAUACAUAAACAAAUUGAAUGUUCCUUUUUCCUCGAAGAUAAACAGUGUCAACCAGACCGAUUAUACGUUCCUGAUUACUACUACUGCAAUUACUUUAGCUCUCCGUCCAUUUCACAUGAAGUAUGUUAAUUCAACUGGCACUUUUGAGUUGGACAUAUGCCAUGCUUCUGAGCAGUACUGGUCACAUGUGCUUACUAUUCCUUGGCUUACUCAACGUGUACCACCUGCUCUGCUACCUGCCUUGAAACACAACAGUGUUCUGUCAUCUUGUUUCCAGAUUUUACUGAUUUCGAGGGAUAAAAUCUUGAUGGAGAUUUCAGAUAUGGAUCGCUUGGGAAAUCAGUGUUCCUCCAUGGUGAUUCCUCCAGUUGGAUGGGCUCUUGCUAACAUUAUAUGCCUGGUUACAGGAAGUGAGAGUGAUUCUUCGGGUUUCAACCAAGAUCUAGACUGUGCAUCCUAUGUCCACGUUGUGAUAACUCUUGCAGAGAACUUCUUACCUUGGAUUGACAAUGUUGGUUGCAAAGAUCAUUGCAAUUUUGACAUUUCAGCAGAGCCCACUGGUACUAUUUUUCAUGAGGAUGAAACUAUAUGCAAGUCCCUGAAGAUGUCAUACAUGGACUUACUUAGACCUGUCUGUCAGCAGUGGCAUCUUGCAAAGCUUUUAGCAACUUCUAGAGAGGUCGCUUCUGCUCAUGGGGAUAAAACUCUGUCAACAAACAACCCAAAUUACUUAUGGAAGUUGGAAUUACUUGAUAUUACUUAUUUCUAUUCGCAAAUGCUUAGAAUAUUCAAAGAAUUGAAUCCUGCGGCUGGGCAAUUGCCUAUUCUUAACAUGCUAGCUUUUACUCCUGGAUAUCUUGUGUCUAUAUGGGGAGUUCUGGAAAGUUCUCUUUUCCCUGGAAAUGGUCAUUAUGCUGAAGAUACUUGUCGAGGUAAAGGUAAAGUUUCAGGGGAUUCAAAAGAUGGAUUUUCUGAGAAAAAACAAAAAGAUGCUAGUAAAGAUGGUGUGAACAAAUGGGUCAAUGUGUUGCAUAAAUUUACUGGUAAAUCACAAGCAGGUAGUGGUCACAUAGAUUUGGUCGAGGGCCAACCUGGGACCAGUGAGGUCAGUGAGGAUUCUUCUGAUGUUUGGGACAUAGAAACUCUGAGGCGUGGUCCUCAAGGCAUUUCAAAAGAAAUGUCUUACCUGCUUCAUCUCUUUUGUGCCACCUAUUCACACUUGCUGUUAGUUCUUGAUGACAUUGAGUUUUAUGAAAAACAGGUUCCCUUUGUGCUGGAGCAACAACGAAGAAUUGCAUCAAUGCUUAAUACGCUAGUUUACAAUGGCUUGUCUCACAGCUUGGAUCAAGAAAAUAAGCCUCUUAUGGAUUAUGCAAUCAGAUGUUUGCAUCUAAUGUAUGAAAGAGAUUGCAGGCACCCAUUUUGCCCCCCUUUAUUGUGGCUUUCACCUGGUAGGAGGAGUCGACCCUCAAUUGCACUAGCCGCUAGAGCUCAUGAAUUUUUAUCAGCUAAUAUGAGAACAAAUGAUACCUUGCAUGUUCCAAGCAUUGGUUCUGUUAUUACGACUACUCAACAUGUAUUCCCAUUUGAGGAAAGAGUGCAAAUGUUCAGAGAGUUUGUCAAUAUGGAUAAAGCCACUCGGAAAAUGGCUGGUGAAGUGACUGGACCCGGGUCACGAUUGAUUGAGAUAGUAGUUCGUCGGGGUCAUGUUGUUGAAGAUGGGUUUCGACAACUAAACUCUCUUGGAGCAAGAUUAAAGUCCUCCAUUCAUGUUUCAUUUGUUAGUGAAUGUGGGCUUCCAGAGGCUGGCCUUGACUACGGGGGAUUAUCAAAAGAGUUUUUAACUGAUAUAUCAAAAGCAGCUUUUGCCCCCGAGUACGGGUUAUUCUCUCAAACCUCAACUUCAGACAGACUGCUUAUCCCUAAUUCGGCAGCAAGACAUCUUGAGAAUGGUAUCCAGAUGAUUGAAUUCCUUGGAAGAGUUGUUGGUAAAGCUCUGUAUGAAGGAAUACUACUAGAUUACUCUUUUUCACAUGUAUUUGUACAAAAGCUGUUAGGCCGAUAUAGCUUUCUUGAUGAACUAUCAACACUUGAUCCAGAACUCUACCGGAAUCUUAUGUAUGUCAAGCAUUAUGAUGGUGAUGUCAAAGACCUUUCUCUAGAUUUCACUGUUACAGAAGAAUCAUUUGGUAAAAGACAUGUUAUUGAGCUCAAACCUGGUGGCAAGGAUAUCUCUGUAACGAAUGAAAACAAGAUGCAAUAUAUCCAUGCAAUGGCAGAUUAUAAACUCAACAGACAGAUACUACCCUUUUCAAAUGCAUUUUAUCGAGGAUUAACUGACCUGAUAUUUCCUUCUUGGCUGAAGUUAUUUAAUGCAAGCGAAUUCAAUCAGUUACUUUCUGGUGGAAACCAUGACAUUGAUGUUGAGGAUUUAAGAAAUAACACAAGGUACACUGGAGGUUAUUCUGCAGGGAGUCGGACCAUAAGACUCUUCUGGGAGGUAUUUAUCAACGUUAUCAAAGGAUUUGAACCGAAAGAACGCUGCAUGCUCCUUAAAUUUGUGACAAGUUGUUCUCGAGCUCCAUUACUUGGGUUCAAAUACUUGCAGCCAACCUUUACUAUCCAUAAAGUACUUCCGCUGUUAUUUGGUUGCAUGCGAUGCCCCUCUUUGGGCUGCAAUUGGAGGACAGGAUGUGGAGCGGCUUCCGUCUGCUUCUACUUGCUACAAUACUCUGAAGCUUCCGACAUACAAACGUCCGAGCACAUUAAGAGAGAAACUUCUUUACGCAAUCAGUUCGAAUGCAGGAUUUGAACUUUCUUAAGUAUUUCUCAUUCAAACAGGCAGGCUCAAAACAAUGUGGACUUCUUAUGCAUGACAUUUCCAACAGGCAUCUUUUCUCAGUAAGCAUAUUACCAGUUUCACUUGGCCUUGUGAUCAUAUCCAAGAGAGGGUGGUAGAUAUCAAAGACCACGAGUUUAAGACCAGGGAGCUUGUCCACGAGACUUUGGGAUGUGCUGUUCAGUAUGUAGUUGAAUGACAUGGCAUCUCGAUUCAAUCUUCCAACACAUUGAUUGCUUCCUGCGCCAAACAGGGUGAUAGCUGCCGGCAAGCACCCGAUUGGUGGUAGACUUGUCACUCCGAUCCUUCGCAUUCCCAGACCAUACAGAUUCUGUAAUGGAAAGACAAUAACAUAUUUUAGGGAAACCGAAGGAGAGGCAGAUAAGGUUUUACAUUUUGUUUCUUCCUCAUUUCUUUUUUUGCAUGUUAAAACAAUUUACUUGAAAGCCUUUGUAAAGAUGCAUUGUCUGCAUGCAUUAUGCUACCAGGUACCUUUUGUUAGGGAAUUAGAAUAGGUUGAUUUGUUGCUAACUCUUUAUUUGCUUGCUUUUUUUUUAAUGAUCUAGAGAUAAAGGUGCUCUAAGACUUACUUUUAUGUUUCGAAAAUGAAGAUACUUCAUAGUUUCCUUCA